AUGCAUGUCCCGCCGACAGGGUUGCCCUACGCUAUUUACUACACAAUCCUCGCAGCUAUCGCCGUUCCAGUGAAUCUGGUGGCGAUUGUGAUUCUGGCUCGGGGAGAGUGCGGACUCUCCAGAUGUAUCACUCGGUACCUGGUCUCCAUGGCUGUGACGGAUCUCCUGGUCAUUAUCACGGCCGUGAUAUUAAACCGGCUCAGCGGCAUUUAUUUCCCGGGCAGUUUACUAAACAUCACCCCUGUGUGUAGUCUCAGCGCCGCUGUAACUUUCGCAGCUCGAGUUUGCUCGGUUUGGUUAACCGUCUCGUUCACCUUUGAUCGAUUUGUAGCCAUUUGCUGCCAGAAACUGAAGACUAAAUAUUGCACCGAGCGAACGGCGACCGUGGUUAUAAUAACGGUUUGUCUAUUGAAGAAAAUCCUUUACACUUCGCCCAUCUGGAGAGCGUUCGACGCACUCGAUCGCAUUUUGACCCCGUGCCUCCCGUUCCUCCUGAUCUUGCUGCUCAACGCGCUCACGGUCAGACACAUCCUGGCGGCGAGCAGAGCCCGCGAGAGGCUCCGCGCCGUCAGCAAGGCGGAGACCCAGAGCGACCCGGAGAUGGAGAGCCGGAGGAAGUCCAUCGUUUUGCUCUUCAGCAUUUCCGGGACCUUCAUCCUCCUGUGGAUGACGUACGUCGUUCGCUUCUUGUACGUCCGCAUCACCAAUGACGCCAGCUUCAAAAGUUUCACCGACCCCAAGUUCCUUCUCCAAGAGGCCGCCAACAUGCUCCAGCUUCUGAGUUCCUGCACCAACACGUUCAUUUAUGCCGCGGUUCAGAGCAAAUUUAGAGAUGAGCUGAAGAAAGCAGCCAAAUAUCCAUUCACUCUAAUUGCUAAAAUAAUCUAG